AUGGGCUUCCUCUCGUACCUCAAGCCACCCAAGGCUGGAAAGUCCAAGGAAUGCAACGAGAAAGAUGGGAGACCGGCGACCAAGGGUUCGACGGCCGGCCUGGAUCCUUCCACAAGUGGCCAGUCCAACAAGUCAUCGGAGGACGAUGCGAAUUUGGCGCGAAUGGACGAUGUGGGCUUGCCACCAACCGUCCCAUCAACUGCUAGUUCCAAUUACUCUCCAGUCGAGCCAACGUCCUUCCUGGCCCCUGGCAAUGGAGGGCAAGCAGCACUUUCCCGGCCAGCAUCUCUCUACCCCGACGCCGCUUAUAAGAACGCUCAAAGCAUGCUCGAUAUCAAAUCGGACGUCAUGGCUACGUGGCUCUACCAGCAACAGUGUGAGCGUCUGUGGACUGAUGGUUCGUUCGACGAGGGUGUUGUGGUCAAAAAAACCCGCAACGAUUUUGUUUGUGCCCCGGACGAUCUUGCAGACAUUGAUGACGGGCUGCACAAUGCCGUCCAAGCGCUCAAUGUCCGUGCUGCCAUGACGGUCAAGACCAGGGUCAUCAAGAUGUUCCUCGGCCUCAAUACGAAGCACUAUGUGCCUCUCAAAAAUGGUCUGAGGCUGCAAGUGCUGCCGAACAUCUCCUUCCUGCCGCGAUGUCAGAAGCAUCACUUCGCCGCCUUCAUCGCAGACCGCCAGAUCAUGGUGGUGUGGGACGACGAGCCUCGCCACGUGCUCGAUCGUGCUCAGAAGAUCGAGAAGGCGCUCGUGGAGAUGAUCAUCGAUACCGACAUCGAACCCAAGGGCGAAGACGAGACCGAUGCAGCCAGCACCACGAUUGUCGGCGAUGAUGACAACGCCGAGCGCGGCGCCGUGGAGCCUCCUCGACGGAAGAACAAGCUCAUGUCAUUUCAGUCUGCCGUGUGUAUCAUCCUCGUCUGCUCUGCUCUCGGUGCCGGCUGGGGUCAAAUCGCUCAGGAGCUUGCGACGGACCACUUCUACCCCCGCGCGCUGUUCAUCCUCGCCUUGCCUGCCCAGAUCUGGCUCGCUCUGUUCUUCUUCCAGGCCAUGAUCGGAAGCAUUUCUCAGACUUUUGGACCAGUGGGCCAGACGCACGGGAACUGGAAGUCCUACUCUGGGAUCAAGCCGAAGCGUUUACGUCGCGACGCAGGACGUUUGCCACAUCUGACUGUCCAGCUGCCUGUGUACAAAGAGAGCUUGAAGGCUGUCAUUGCCCCCACGGUGGUGUCGAUCAAAGCCGCCAUCUCGACGUAUGAGAUGCAAGGCGGCACUGCCAACAUCUUCGUCAACGAGGACGGCAUGCAGGUGGUCUCUAAAGAGGAGCGCGAAGCCCGCCAGGAGUUCUACGACGAGCACAACAUCGGCUGGGUCGCCAGACCGAAGGAGAACAAGAAGCCGAAGGAAGGCGAGGAGCUCUACCUGCGUCGCGGCAAGUUCAAGAAGGCUUCGAACAUGAAUUAUGCCAUGUGGUGCAGUGCGCGUGUGGAAGACAAGAUCAAUGCUCUGGAACGCGAGAAGGCGGGGAGCUCGGAGGAGCAUGCUGCUGUAUACAAGCGGAUGUUGGAUGAGGUUAUCGAGGAGGAUGCAGGCCGCACUUGGGCUGAUGGCAACAUACGCAUGGGUGACUACAUCCUCAUCAUCGACUCUGACACUCGUGUCCCGGAGGGCUGCUUCCUUGACUGUGUGUCGGAGAUGGAGCAGUCGCCACAGGUCGCCAUCAUCCAGUACUCGUCCGGGGUCAUGAACGUUACGACCUCUUUCUUUGAGAAGGGCAUCACGUUCUUCACCAACCUCAUCUACACCCAGAUCCGCUACUCGGUUGCCUCCGGCGACGUAGCUCCGUUCGUCGGCCACAACGCAGUCCUGCGCUGGUCUGCCAUGCAAGAGAUCGCCUACGACUGCAAGCUCGACGGCCGCGAGAAGUACUGGUCCGAAGACACCGUGUCCGAAGACUUCGACAUGGCCCUCCGUCUCCAAACCGCCGGCUACCUCGUCCGCCUCGGCGCCUACACCGGCGACGGCUUCAAAGAGGGCGUCUCCCUCACCGUCUACGACGAGCUUGCUCGCUGGGAGAAAUACGCCUAUGGCUGCUCGGAACUCAUCUUCCACCCACUCCGUUACUGGUUCACCCGCGGCCCCUUCACCAAGCUCUUCCGCAACUUCCUCACCUCCAAGAUGCCGCUUCCGUCUAAGAUCACCAUCAUGGCCUAUAUCGGCACCUACUACGCCCUCGCCUCCGCCUGGAUCCUGACAUUGGCCAACUACUUCCUCAUGGGAUGGUACAUCGGCUACCUCGACCACUUUUACCUGGACAGCUUCAAAGUCUACUUCUCCAUCAUCCUCGUCUUCUCCGCUCUCGGAAACGUCUCCCUCGCCGCUCUCCGCUAUCGCACAGGCGAGAAAGGUUUCGUCCCCAGCCUCCUCGAGAACCUCAUGUGGGUGCCGCUCCUCUCCGUCUUCCUCGGCGGCAUCUCGCUCCACGUCUCGCAGGCCAUCAUCUCGCACAUGCUGAGCGUCGACAUGAGCUGGGGCGCGACGAGCAAGGAGAUGGAGAACACGACGUUCUUCCAGGAGGUGCCGAAGAUUGCUCGGAGCUUCAAGAUGACUUUCUUGUUCUGCUUUGGGUGCGCCGGGAUGAUGAUCUAUAUGGCGCAGUUUGCGCCGCCGCUGUGGCGGAUUGAUACGUUUGUGUCGGUGUGGCCGUUAGGGACGAUUGUGUUUGGGCAUUUUGCCUUGCCGAUUUUGCUCAAUCCGGGGUUGAUGCGGUUUACGUGGUAG